AUGAAAUCAAUUGCUAAGUUUAGCUUUGAUGCUGAUGGAUUAGUGAAGGCUGCCUAUGAAGAACUCAACCCUUUUCCAGACAAAGAUUAUAUUGCAAAGAAACAGUAUUUCCAUGCGGAGAAAUUGAACACAUUCUUCCUUGUAAGAGAGAAAGAAAAACGAGACCGAGAAGAAACCGACAAAUUAUGGCAAACAGCGCAGCAAUUAGAGAAAGCAAAUGCUCAAGCCAUGGAAUGUGCUGUGGUUUAUAAACCAGGUAACCUGUGGGUAUGUCAAGGACAACAGAAUGAAGCAUGCAUAUGUGAAGUCAACCUCCAUGAUGCAGAAAAAGAAAAACUUUCUUUGCAGUUUGAUUCCAGAGUAAUGUGUAUAACAUCUGUAAACAAAGAUGUAGUGCUUCUUGGAACAUUAUCAUGGGAUCUCUAUGCAUUCAGUACAACUGAAAGAAAACAGUUAUGGUGCCGACACAUGCAUGAUACUGUACUGAGUAUAAAAUAUCAGUCAUAUACCAAUAGAAUUUAUGUCGGUUUAGCCGAUGGAACACUUGCCGUCUGUGAGAAUUUGGAUCCUGUGACCAAACAGCCAUUGAAUGAUCCUAUUUAUCUACCCGUUGGGCAGUAUCCAGUUUCGUACCUGUUAGUCGUUGAUCCACUGAGGCAAUUAUGGUGUGCCUGUGGAAAUGGUGUCAAUAUAAUGGAUCUUAGCUCUCUGGAUCUACUUGCUGGAUUUGAAGUGUCCAGUAACCGUUAUGACCAUAUAUCCAGACUGAUAUAUAGCAGUUCUGGUGUCUGGAUUGCAAUACGUGGAACAUCUCUCCUACAACUCUGGUGUCCAAUGACUCUUAUUUGUUUGCUGGUGUUUGAUAUCUCCAGUAAUGCUACUACUAUUAUGAAUAAG